AUGUUCAACUACUGGACAAACCUUCGGCUCAACCUUGAUAUCCCCGGUUUGGAGCCUCUUGAAUACGUCGGCCGAGUAGACGACAACGACACAGGUCUCUUCAGCGCAGGUUUCGAAACCUCAGUUGCCGCAGAGAUUUCUGCUUCCGUCGUGGUCAAAGGUAUCGAGUCCAUGUUUGCAAUCAUGGACAAUCUGCCUUUCGUCCUUAGGCAUCUCUUUUUGUCUGGAGGACUGGCGAAAGAAGUGUGUCUCGACUUGUUUAAUCGACAUUUACAUGCUUCACCCGGGCACGACGUCAUCCUCGCCUUCAAGACGCAAUCUAUCGAGGAGCUCCUCGUGCAAGCCAUUGCUCUCAAACACAUAGCCAUCAUCGCAAGGGAGACGGUGCUGGGUGACAAAGCAGAUCUCUCCUUCCGGCAUGCUCUUCAAACAGAUGUGGGUGGUGCAAGCUCAUCAAAGCCCGCAGGCACUGCCCUUUAG